UUGGGCCACGUCGAUAGUAAUAGUUCACAGUUGCCUUCUUCAUCUUCUCGCCCCACUCCAAAAUUCUAACCUAAAAGGCUAAAAUAACUAACAAUCUAUUCCUCACCCCUCGAAAUCCCUAACUCAAAAUCUCAACGCAAUUGUCAAUGGAGAACGAUAGCAGCAACAGCAACGAAGACUCACCUUCGCAAGCUCUACAAUCAUUGUCCAUUUCCACUCAACCACAGAUGAGCGUGCAAGAGAAGUUCGAUUUAAUAAGGAGCAUAGGUGAAGAGUGCAUUCAGGAAGAUGAGUUGCAGAGAUUAUUGGCUAACAAACCUCAGCCCAUUUGCUAUGACGGGUUUGAACCCUCAGGCAGAAUGCAUAUUGCGCAGGGGGUUAUGAAGGCAAUUAAUGUCAACAAACUGACUUCUGCUGGCUGCAAAGUGAAGAUAUGGAUUGCAGAUUGGUUUGCCCAGCUGAACAACAAAAUGGGUGGUGACCUGAAGAAAAUCCAAGUGAUAGGGCAGUACCUGAUCGAAAUAUGGAAAGCUGUGGGGAUGAAUAUUGAAGGAGGUCAAGUUGAAUUUUUGUGGUCUUCUGAGGAGAUUAAUUCCAGGGCUCAUGAGUAUUGGCCCCUUGUUAUGGACAUAGCAAGGAGGAACAAGCUUCCUAGGAUAGUCAGAUGUUGUCAAAUUAUGGGCCGCACGGAGCAAGAUGAAUUGUCGGCAGCUCAGAUCUUCUAUCCAUGCAUGCAGUGUGCUGAUAUAUUUUUCCUUAAGGCCGAUAUCUGCCAACUGGGCAUGGACCAGAGGAAAGUAAAUGUGCUCGCAAGGGAGUACUGUGACGACAUCAAGAGGAAAAAUAAGCCGAUUAUUUUGUCCCACCAUAUGCUCCCAGGUCUGCAAGAAGGGCAGGAGAAGAUGUCUAAGAGUGAUCCAUCUUCUUCCAUUUACAUGGAAGAUGAAGAGGCCGAUGUGAAUUUGAAAAUAAAGAAGGCAUUCUGCCCCCCGAAAGUUGUGGAAAAGAACCCAUGCCUGGAGUACAUCAAGUACAUCAUUUUUCCAUGGUUCAACGAGUUCACAGUCGAGCGAAAACCAGAGAAUGGAGGUGACAAGACUUAUAAGAAUUUCGAAGAUUUAGCUGGUGAUUAUGAAAGUGGGGAAUUACACCCUGGGGAUCUCAAACCUGCUCUAGCCAAAGCAUUGAACCGGAUACUACAGCCGGUCCGUGACCAUUUCAACACUGAUCCUAAAGCUAAGGACCUGGUGAAACGUGUGAAGGUAAGCACGCUCGACUUCUGCCUCUACUUUGUCUGCUCACGAUUCAGCUUCAAGGUAACGAGGUGAUGAGGAACGAGAUCGAAAGCUUUUGCCUCCCUAAAUGAGAAACUCCCGACAUGGAUUAGUCGCAAGGAUAUUAUCAACAAUAUGCAUUUACUGUGGCUCAAACAAGAAAUCUUAUUUCGAACUUCUAAUAGUGUUAAAUUGCGACGAAGCUAGUUUUUUGUCAUUUUUUUGUGAUUUCAGUCCUGUUCGUCAGCUCUCAUGUACCAUCUGAUAGCAUCUGUAUUUUUCGACGAGGGAAGAAAAGAAAACAACCUUUUUAGUUAUAUGAACUGCUUUUAAAGUAAAUUACUACUUUCUUUUAACUCAA